AUGCCGAACUUCCCCGGACUUGUUCAAACCCACUUUGCCAACUGGCCCCUCAACCUGAACCUGAACGAAACACCACUUCCAACACCAGAGGCCAAAAUGCUCACCUCCGGCCUAACGAACACACCUAUCACCAAAGUCCUCUUAAUAUACACAAUCGCCUCAGCCGUCGUUCUCUCAAUCUUCGACAUCAAGUACCUGGCCGUAAUCCACAUCUCACCUCACUUCUGGCCAUAUGCCCAAUUCUGGCGCGCGCUAGCAUGGCAAGUCGGGUUCGCGAAUUCCACCGAAGCCCUCUUCGCCGCAAUGCUAGCUUACCAUAUGCGAGUCGUCGAGCGUGCAUGGGGAAAGCGGAAGAUGGCGACUUUCAUCCUCACUACAUUACCAUACACGUCUCUACUUCCACCGCUCUUGCUUACAAUCCUUCGCCCUGUCUCGUUCAAUAACUUGAAUUACCUUCCCUCCGGCCCAACGUCGAUCAUCUUCGCUCUGCUGGCACAGUACCACGCCACAAUUCCGUAUACAUUCCGAUACAGCGUUGGGACUAGUUCUUCAAAGGAUGCGGGCGCAGACGCAGACGCAAAUGACGGUGCGGAAGGGCAUUCGAAGCGGACUCCGAGCUUGACACUUCUCCUCUCUGAUAAAUCGACUACGUACAUCGUCGCGUCGCAACUGGCGCUCUCGCAGUUCCCGGCUAUGCUACUUCCGGCUGCGGUGGGGUGGACUGUUGGCGUGGCGUGGCGUGCGGAGUUACUACCUGGGCUGUCGAGCGGGAGCUCCGGGUUCAGGGUUCCGGCGUGGGUGGUUGGGGAGCAGGAGCGUAGGGCUGGGCCUUCUGGGUCUGGGGAGAGGGAACGGUAUGAGGAUUUGAGGCGGAGGAUGGAAGGGGAGGUUGCUACGGCUUCUGGGAUGGAGGCGUCUGGGCAGGCUCAAAGGCGGGGAGCCGGCGAAGGGAAUGGGCUUGUGGAUAGAUUGAGGCGUGUUUUGUAG